AUGGAUGUGCUCGACAAGUGGGACCCAGAAUUUGACGAUGUCGGCACGCUGAGUCUGGACGAGAUCUAUGAAGAACUGAGUCGCCUCGAUGCUUUUGAGCGGUUUAUAAGUUCGAAGCAAGGAAAGGAUGAUACCAACGCCAAAAAGGAUAGCGAGCAAGCUCCAGCCCAGGACAACCCAGAGGAGAUCCGAAAGAACACUGUACUCAAUGACAUCGACACACGCCGCAUCGCGCUUCGAGCUGGGGCAAUGGAGCUUUCCCGCGCGAAGAUCCGACCGAUGACGAUAGUCGAUUUGCCUGCUGAUAUUCUGCUCCAGAUUUUUGGUUACUUCCAGGACACAAGAAUCAGAAGGCAGGCCCAAAUUGACUGGGGGUUGCUACCCAGUGAACAAGAAAUUGCCCGCAGGACCGCCCGCGAGACGAUCCGACAUGUCCGCCUGGUCUGCAGCCUGUUCAACGACUUGGCGUCACCGCUGUUGUGUCCGAUCCUCCGGGUAGAUCUUGACCAGGAAUCGCUGAACGGGGCUGUGGAGUUGUGCAAACGCCCCCGGAUAGCUCAAGGUGUGCAUGCUAUUCAAGUGGGGCUGCAAUAUCGUCCAAAGGAGCUUGUCUCGGACUGCCCGAAAUUCAAGGACUUCCGCAAGAAGCAAUUGCAAGAAAUGGCCAAUCGCUGUGACUAUUACGCUGAGAAAUGGUUCCUCGGAGGGCAUGAAUCGGACGAUGAAACAGUCUGCCCGCUGCCCUUGAGGGUAUAUCGAGAAGCGACAAGCAAUUACGGCAAAAUCAGUUGGUCGUGGGACUCCUAUUUUGACUCUGACGAGAGUGACGAGAACGACAAGACUGACCAUGUCGCCGAAUCAGAGGCGGAUGAGCACAUGGAGAUCCUCGUCCGAGGCUAUACUGAAUACCGCAAAAAGCAUGAAGAGCAGCUGCAACUCAUCACGACGGGAUCCUUCGUCACCACGGUUGCAUCCUGUAUCUCCCAACUGCCCAGCAUGGUUGCCCUGGGCUUCACCGACAAAAUGGAACGACUAUUUGAUUGGAACAACCCGACAGUUGUGCUGAGAGACAAGAGUUUGCUUCCCGGAAUGCUGAGCGCAGCGUUGGAGUGGCAAAAGAUCGAGGAUUUUGGGGAUUUCAAGCUCGCGCCUGCCAGGAUCUUGCUCGAAUUGCCGGUUGCCAUACACAAAGCCGGAGUCAAGCUGAGGGAUCUUUUCAUCGGACCGUUCCCAUGCCGGGGCAGUUUUUCUCUGCUCUGUCCCGAUACUAUGAGCAGUUCCACUGAUCCUACAGCAUGGUCAGAUCUUCGAGCCGCGUGCAGCAGUCUCCGGAGAGUCGAUUUCGGAUCCUGCCUCAACCACCGUUCCAUCCGGCACGAGCAUCUCCGACCGGAAGAAAAGUACUAUGUCAACCAGUAUCUCAACACAAUACUGUGCAGCGCAGGGCUGGAAGAUGUGCGGAUGAGCUUCUAUCCGUUUGGCCUCAAUGAUGGCCGGACCACGAAGGUGGGCUGGUACGACCUAGGUCCUGUUCUUGCUGCCGUCAAAUGGCCGCGGAUCAAACAUUUGGCGAUCCUCGAUGUCUCCUCGAAGCAAGAUGAUCUACAGAGGUUCUGCUCCGGGCUGAGUGACACAAUGAGCUCCCUUCAAUUGUCCAGUAUACAGCUUUUGAACGGUAGCUGGGCAGGGAUUCUGGCCACAUUGGACGAGAAGGUUGGGUAUAGAUUCCGCGAACAGAAAGCCACUGGCUAUUUGAGUUAUCUGAGGGGAGAAGAGUUUGAAGAAGAGGAGGUCAGGGAAAGGAGAAUCUUCGAGGACUUUGAUAGUGGCUGGGAUGAGCCUGAACCACUUCCUCCGGCAGGGCAGCAGUUGAAGGAGCUACACCCUUCACUGUUCACUAACUGGUAG